AUGGACCCAAGUUUGUCGCAGGCGGCUCAGUCGCGCGGCGUGGGUGGUCGACUUCACAGCGACGUGCGAGAUCCGCAAGUGGAGGAGAUGGCAUUACCAAGCGUGGGGUACACAAAGGAUCGAUACGACCCAGAUCACCCCGACGCGGACUGGGGUGGGGUUGUCAACCGAACGUUUAAGAAGCGAACCUUCCAGGACCAUGUACCGACUCGAAGUCACCUCACACCGUCCAAGGGUGGGCUCUUUCCAGCCAUCGACGCACCUACCACCCUCCGGACAACUAGCAAACGCAUUUACGACAGAGACAUCAAAUUUGUCAGCAACGACGCGGAUGCGAGGGACACGCCAUUCCGUACUGGGGUUCAUCAAGUCGGACCAGGUGGCCGACAUGAUUGCUCGGACUGGAAGACAUCGUACGCGGCGCAAUCGAACCACAAUCAAGGAAGUCAUGAGGAAAAAAAUGCACCUGGCAAAGUCAAGUUGCUUGGGCACGACUCGCAUCGCCGGCAAUUGCAACCACUGUUCGAAGUACAAAACAAAAAUCGGAGCGACGUCUUGCCGAAACUACCGACAGAGCCUUCAUCUCGAAAUUCUUCAACAAUGAAGGUGGAGCCACGACGAGGAAUGUGCUUUCUGUCGGGCAUUGGGAAGUCGUUAGCUUCGUUCGACACGCUUCAGGACAUCAAACGCCCCACGCCCCAUAUUCAGUCUGGCUUCGACAACCCGGCGGACAAGACGCUCUUGGUGGAGAACCAUCACAAUGUUCUUCUGGGCUACACGGGUCAGCGCCGUGACAAGUGA